CGCCCCCGUGCUCUGGUCCUCCCGCGACCGUUCCAAAUUCCUCCUCGCGUUCGUAUUCCACGCGGCGACGUCGCCAUCGCGGCCGCCGCUCCGCUCCCCUUCCUUCGCCUAUACGUAGGUAGCCGCCGCUGCGGCCGCCUGCCCAAACCCUAAGCCUUUUCCCUCCCACCCGCGCGCUCGCGGACGCUCUGGUGCGCCGCGGCUCGCUCUUCACCCCGCAGAUCGCCGGCGAUGGGAUCCAAGGACCAGGGCGGAGGGGCCGCCUCCUCGGGCGGCGGCUUCUUCUCGUCGUUCGCCGCCGGCAUGCGCAGCUGGGGCACCGCCGUGCACAAAUCAGUCAACGGGUUGCUCGGUUAUGAGGGCCUUGAAGUUAUUAACCCUGAUGGAGGCACGGAUGACGCUGAAGAAGAGGCCUUGAGGGGGCGAUGGAAGCAGGAGGAUCGUGAUAGUUAUUGGAAGAUGAUGCAUAAAUACAUAGGAUCAGAUGUUACAUCACUGGUGACACUUCCGGUCAUCAUUUUUGAACCGAUGACAAUGCUGCAGAAAAUGGCUGAGUUGAUGGAAUACUGUGAGUUGUUGGACAAAGCAGAUGAAUCUGAGGAUCCAUACAUGCGUAUGGCCUAUGCUUCUGCAUGGGCUGUUUCGGUCUACUUUGCAUAUCAACGUACAUGGAAGCCUUUCAACCCGAUCCUUGGAGAGACUUAUGAGAUGGUUAACCACCAAGGCAUUACAUUUCUUGCAGAGCAGGUGAGCCAUCAUCCUCCAAUGGGUGUUGCUCAUUGUGAGAACGAGCAUUUUACUUAUGACAUCACGUCUAAGUUGAAGACCAAAUUCUUGGGAAAUUCAUUGGAAAUUUACCCAGUUGGAAGGACUAGGGUGACACUUAAAAAAUCUGGCGUUGUUUUGGAUUUGGUGCCACCACCAACAAAGGUUAACAACCUGAUAUUUGGGCGCACUUGGGUUGAUUCGCCUGGAGAGAUGGUCAUGACAAACCUGACAACUGGAGACAAAGUUGUGCUAUAUUUCCAGCCAUGUGGUUGGUUUGGGGCUGGUCGGUACGAGAUUGAUGGGUAUGUGUACAGCGCAGAGGAAGAACCCAAAAUAAUGAUUACAGGGAAAUGGAAUACAUCUAUGAGUUGCCAACCCUGUGAUCAAGAAGGCGAACCUCUUCCAGGCACUGAGCUGAAGGAGAUCUGGAAAAUUGCUCCUACCCCAAAGAAUGACAAAUACCAGUACACACACUUUGCUCACAAAAUAAAUAGCUUUGACACCGCACCUAAGAAGCUGUUGCCAUCUGAUUCCCGGUUGAGGCCUGAUAGAUACGCCCUUGAGAAGGGUGACAUGUCGAAGUCUGGUGCUGAAAAGAGCAGGCUUGAGGAACAACAGAGAGCUGAGAAAAGAGCUCGCGAGGCCAAGGGUGAGCAAUUUACUCCCAGAUGGUUUAACUUGACGGAUGCAGUCGGCUCUACCCCAUGGGGUGACUUGGAGAUUUAUGAAUACAAUGGCAAAUACACCGAGCACCGGGCUGCCAUAGACAGCUCCAAUGUCGCCGACGAGACAGAUAUCACUUCGAUCGAGUUCAACCCAUGGCAGUACGGCAGCUCAUCUUCCCAAUGAUUUCUCAUGGUCUGAACUCUGAAGCUGCCAAGCUUUAUUGUUAUUGUGUAAAACGCUCCCAGUCCUCGGUUUGCGCCGAUUGUUGUGCUGUCAGCGCUUUUCAUGCCUCUUUGUAGUAUUAUGACCUCCUUCUUCGUGCCCCUUGCUACAACUAUUCAGGAAGUAAUAUAUUUGCUGUAGUCCAUGUACUGUCGUUAAUCUAGCAGAAAUUGCAGAAUUUUAUUGUGCC